GCUGUCACACUCCUUCCCUGAAGAGGUCCUGGGACUGGCGUUUCCUGCCUGCAGAGCACAGCAGCAGCUUCACAGAGCACAGCUCCCGUUUGCUGUUACCCACAUGGAAUUGGGGUGAAACCGUGCUCCCUAAUUUUAUACGUCUGAUAACAUUUGGGAAACAGGAUGCAGGUGGUCAAAAUGAAAGCUCUCAUCUUUGCAGCGGCUGGAGCCAUGCUUCUGUCACCCACAUUCUGUCAAAGCGUGAGUACCGUUCUUAAGGAAAACCAUAUAAGACUUGCUCAAGCUGAAUCAGAUCAGCUGACAUUCUCGUGGAAAAUGGAAUCCAGACUUUCAGAGUCAGUGUUGAGCAUGUUUUUGGCCUGAUGUCUUGCUCAAUCACAGGAAUUUUCUGAAAACUGACAAACACUUGGUUCCAAAAGCUCUCUUAUCAGAUCCCCAAGGCCAACAACCCAUAAGACGUAUUCUUCAGCCACCAUUUACCAGCUUCACGCUUAUCUGGGAAGGCACUUCUAUUUGGGGGAUUGUCAGGUACAGAAAUUUUCUGAAAUGCAAGCUGAGCAAAAGGGUUUGUGUGACUAAACUCAAGUAUCACACCACGUGCCUCAACCUGCCUCACAGUUCACCUCUCAACAGGCACAAACCACUGCCACUUCUCAGAUUUUUUCUUUCUUUUCUUUAAUCUACUCUCCCCUAAAUAGCACCCAAGCACCUCCCUGCCCCCGUAUGUUCAGAAAAAAUUCUCCCUUUUUGUGACACACUGAAUUAAUUCCGUUUGUGCAAUCUGAGGAUUAUGAGGAAGGCUUCAAUUUCACCUGGGGCGAAUGACAGACGUGAAAGCAGGAUGAGAACCAGGUUACUGAACACUAACCUCAAGUAUUCAACACAUAGGAAUUCAGAGGUCAUGUGAAAAGGAACUGGCAGAGAAAUAGCAUUUUAAAAUUGGUAUGGAAAAUGAUGCAGACGACUUGGCAGAGCCAACAUUAUCUAUUAGGACCUUCCGUGGAGCUCCCACAAGUUUUUUUGAAGAGAUCCCCCUUUCUGCUAUAGACGGCUGGACAGGAAGCACAACUGUAAAAAUAAAGUGCCCUGAAGAAAGUGUUUCAAAUCUCCAUGUGGAUAAUGCUACGAUGGGGUAUCUGAGCAGCUCCCUAAGUACCAAACUGAUACCUGCCAUCUACAUCCUGGUGUUUGCAGUGGGUGUGCCGGCCAACGCUGUGACCUUGUGGAUGCUCUUCUUCAGGACCAGAUCCAUCUGUACGACCAUCUUCUAUAUCAACCUGGCCACUGCAGACUUUCUUUUCUGUGCCACACUGCCCUUUAAAAUAGCUUACCAUCUCAAUGGAAACAACUGGGUCUUUGGAGAGGUCAUGUGCCGGGCUACCACAGUCAUCUUUUAUGGCAACAUGUACUGCUCCAUUCUGAUCCUCGCCUGUAUCAGCAUCAGCCGCUACCUAGCCAUUGUCCAUCCUUUUACUUACCGGGGGCUGCCCAGGCGUACCUAUGCCUUGAUCACAUGUGGAUUGGUGUGGGCAACCGUGUUCUUGUACAUGCUGCCAUUUUUCAUUCUGAAGCAAGAGUAUUAUCUUGUCCACAGGGACAUCACCACCUGCCAUGAUGUCCACAACGCAUGCGAGUCUUCAUCACUCUUCCAACUCUACUACUUCAUCUCCUUGGCAUUCUUUGGAUUCUUAAUUCCAUUUGUGGUCAUUAUCUACUGCUACACAGUCAUCAUUCGGACACUUAAUGCAUAUGAUCAUAGGUGGUUGUGGUAUGUUAAGACGAGUCUCCUCAUUCUUGUGAUUUUUACCAUUUGCUUUGCUCCCAGCAAUAUUAUACUUAUUAUUCACCAUGCCAACUACUACUACAACACCGACAGUUUAUACUUUAUCUAUCUCAUAGCUUUGUGCCUUGGUAGUCUGAAUAGUUGCUUAGAUCCAUUCCUUUAUUUUCUCAUGUCAAAAAUCACAGAUAACUCCACAGCUUAUCUUACAAUAGUGAAAUCACCUUAGAGAACAAUGGAAGCUAUCUGUGCAAACAUACAUGCUUGGGACCACAUGCGCGUAAGUGCAAGGAGCUCCAUUCUCUAGCUCCCUUUGAAGCUCCUAAGAGAUAGUGCUUCAAAAACAACACUAUCAGUAUUUUAAGAACAUCAAUGUAGGAGAAAAGAUAUCAUCACUCUCUUCAUGGCAGUGGAUACAUU